AUGCCGACCGCUUUAGAUAAAGCAUUGAACUCCAAGGAUUCGUGUAUAGGAUUUGCAGGAAUGGUCACUGCAGUGGCAGCAUAUUCUAUCCUAGGCAGCGAUGUUCUUCCCGCGCAGGCAGAUCCGACUGGAGAUCCCGAGAACUGGACAGUGGAUGAGAUGAAGAGAUGGCUUCGUGCGAGGGGUCUUUUGCCAAGUGAGAAUGCGACGCGUGGAGAACUGCUCGAAAGAGUCAAAGCGAACCUCCGGAUACCGCGCAAGACAUCCGCUGCGGCAUAA